CUGGACAGAAACAAACAGGCAGGCAGGCGAGGUGAGAGGUUAGCAGUCUAACCGAGUCCUUCCUGCUAGCUGGCUUAGAGCUGAGAUCUGGGAUAGGGAAGGUCCCAUUUAGGCGCUGGCACAUUUCAUCCCUCUUAGUUUGCUCUGCGGGAAUUCGGCAGAAGGACAGGAAGAGGAGACGGGGUUCCACAGCGAGUGCAGUUUUCAUUCUUAAGAACUGGAGGUAGUUUAGAGCUUUAUAUCCGGGAGGAGCCUGUGUCACCACACUGCUCUGCAGGAGGACUGGGCGCCCGCUCUGCCUAUCGCUUCUCACCCGCAGCUGCACGGCUACUUCAAUGCUCCGCAGAUCGCGGGCUGCUGCUCUUUCAAAGGCGCCGGAGGACCAGGGGCGCCUCGUGGCACCGCUGACUCGGCCGCGCGCAGAAGCCUGAACCGCGCGCCCUUGGGCACCAACGCUGGUGCGCCCAGCGCGUCCCUGUGCGCUUCAGCCAGCUUUGGGCCCACAAAGGACAGCUUGGGCCAGGAUGGCCCCCGGACAGCUGGUGGCUGGGAUCUUGCUGCUGGCGGCGGCGGGCCUCGGAGGGGCUGCGGAGGGGCCCGGGCUUGCCUUCAGCGAAGACGUGGUGAGCGUGUUCGGUGCGAAUCGGAGCCUGUCGGCGGCGCAGCUCGGGCACCUGCUUCAGCAGCUGGGAGCCGCCACCGCGGAGGGCGCCCCGCAGCUCGCGCAGCUGCACUUCAACCAGUGUUUGUCAGCUGAAGAGAUCUUUUCCCUUCAUGGCUUUUCAAAUGUUACCCAGAUAACCAGCUCAAACCUCUCUGUCAUCUGCCCUGCGGUCCUGCAGCAACUGAACUUUCACCCUUGUGGCCAGCGGUCCAAGCACCAAAGCAAACCAACUCUUUCCGAAGUUUGGGGAUAUGGAUUCCUGUCAGUGACAAUUAUUAAUCUGGCAUCUCUCCUCGGAUUGAUUUUGACUCCAUUGAUAAAGAAAUCUUACUUCCCCAAGAUUUUGACCUAUUUUGUGGGGCUGGCUAUUGGGACUCUAUUUUCAAAUGCAAUCUUCCAACUGAUUCCAGAGGCAUUUGGAUUUAAUCCCAAAGUUGACAACUAUGUUGAAAAGGCAGUUGCUGUGUUUGGUGGCUUUUAUCUACUUUUCUUUUUUGAAAGAGUACUUAAGAUGUUAUUAAAGACAUAUGGUGAGAAUGAUCAUACCCACUUUAGUAAUGAUGACUUUGGUCCUUCUCAAGAAAAAACUCAUCAACCUAAAACGUUGCCGGCCAUCAACGGCGUGACAUGCUAUGCAAAUCCAGCCGUCACGGAGCCUAAUGGACACAUCCAUUUUGACAAUGUCAGUGUGGUGUCUCUGCAGCAUGAAAAAACGGAGUCAAGCUCAUGUACUUGUCUGAAGGGGCCCAAGCUGUCAGAAAUAGGGACAAUUGCCUGGAUGAUAACGCUCAGUGACGCCCUCCACAAUUUCAUCGACGGCCUGGCGAUUGGGGCUUCCUGCACCUUGUCUCUUCUCCAGGGACUCAGCACUUCCAUAGCAAUCCUGUGCGAGGAGUUUCCGCACGAGCUGGGGGACUUCGUGAUCCUACUCAAUGCAGGAAUGAGCACUCGACAAGCCUUGUUAUUCAACUUCCUGUCCGCGUGUUCCUGCUACGUUGGGCUAGCUUUCGGCAUUUUGGUGGGCAACAAUUUUGCUCCAAAUAUUAUAUUUGCACUUGCUGGAGGCAUGUUUCUCUAUAUUUCUCUGGCAGAUAUGUUUCCAGAGAUGAACGAUAUGCUGAGAGAAAAGGUAACUGGAAGAAAAAUCGAUUUCACCUUCUUCAUGAUUCAGAAUGUCGGCAUGUUAACUGGAUUUACAGCCAUUCUGCUCAUCACUUUGUAUGCAGGAGAAAUUGAAUUGGAUUAACAGGAAAUGGAAGGGGUUGUUAGUGAAGGCAUUUAAUAAAUAAAAACAUCUCCAAAAGGAUUUUAAGCUGAUCCUGUUUAGGUAAAAGAUAAUUUUUUUGACUGUAAGUUGAGGAGACUUGUUAUUACUUUCAGAUCUGUGAAACUGUCCAAUAUUUGUUAUUAAAAAUGUUUCAAAAGGUUAUCAGUUCCAGUCUGAAAAGACUUGUAUACAAGAUCUUCGGUAAAUAUCCACUUUUUCAUAUAUUGUACAUAUUAGAAAAUCACCACAAAGCAAGAAGCAUGCAGUCUGUAAUCACUUAGACCUCAAAACCCAGAAAAAAAUACAAGCUAGGUUUCAUAAGCUUUCAAACCUCUAUGGUAGGAUCAGAAGUUCAAGUGGUUUCAGAGUGGUUUUCUUUUAAUUAAUUUGUUCCAGUCCUUUCAUGAGCAAGGACAUCAAGAUGCAGAAGAGAAUCCAAAUGUAUCCAACACAGAUACAAAUGAUUCCAAGGCCUUACUGAACCCAAGAAAGAAAGUGCUGACAGCUUUUGUCCUUUUAUAUUUUAUUUAGGUGUUUAUAGGAUUGUUUUGAAAACCAUUCAAUACAAAGUAUGAAAUCAUUCAAGCUUUACUAGGCCUCGUAUGGUUAUUCUUUAUUUGAUACUCUAUCUCUAAGUGUAAACUCUACAGAUUUCACAAAAGGCGGGACUUGCUUUUCAGGAUGCAGGCUGUGGGCACAUCAGGCAAAGGGCAGGUCGGGAUGCAUGGCCGGUGACUGAGAACUCAGGUUCCGUGUACACCGCGUUUGCUUGGCAAAGCUGAACACUCUGUUGGUUUGUAGAAAGAAAUUGAAUGUAAUUUUACAUAAUCUUCUUUUAAAGAUGAACACAGUUAUUAGGCAAGGGAUAUUUUAAAUAAAUGCAGAACAACAGCUGGACUGCCACAUAUCAAGGACCCGUUGCCUGGAAAACAUCCAUUCCUUAGGGAAUUGAGAGUCAUUAAGAAAAGACUUCUUUGGUGUUCGGUCUGCACUUUCUCUGUGCAGUACACUUUAGGGAAAAAAUCUGCACCCCAUGGUUAUUUUUCUACCUUUUAUAAAAGAUAGAGCCUAUUUUCUCAUUUAACUGAUAUAGAAAGUUGGUCUGAGAUUGAGCAUCCGAACCUCAAUUCACACUCCCAAAUCACUUAAGGAAAGAUGAUUUGACAGUGAAUAAAAGGAUUUGUAAAAGCCAAUAAUGAUCUCAGGAAUUACAUUUUCCACAGAGUAUAAAAUGGUGUCAUGUAGCCAUAAUGCAGAUCUGAUGAAUAUUUAACAUGUAUAUGAAUGUGCAUUUCAUUUUAUGACUGACAAUUAAAAAAUUAUUGUUUGACCAAAUAGUAAAUACCUUUGAAACCACAGAUUGUGUCAUUCAUUAUUGAUUUUAAGUAUGUGUCUUGAGUGACUUCCAUAUACUUGCUAUUAUGGGAGAGAGAGAUAAAUAAGAAAUUGGUGAUGUGUUUCUUUCAAGGAUAUUCAGCAAAUAAAAACUAUAAAGACUAAUAAUUGUUCAUUCAAACCAGUAAGCACAUGAUCUAUUUGUAUCAUGUCAUCUGUUUAUACAAUUUUAAGAAAUAACCUCCGCCUUUUUGAAGCACAGACGGUAUACCUGGGUUAGGAAACUGCUCACAACACGACAUUCGGACAAACUCUCAUUGGCACAGAUCGCCGCGCACAUGCAGUGUUUGGGCUCCGGGUCGCUUUCUCCCGCCCCGGCCGCCUUCCGGCCGCCCUCUUCAGCUGUGAGUUGAACACAGGCAAUACGGCACCAAGGCUCAGAAACGAAAGAGAAAAUUGCUGCAUAUUGGAGACUAUGGUUGCGUGAUUGGAAAUGGAAAUGGACGUGGCAAGCCAUGAUUACACUUAUAUUAUCCUAGAUAACUAUUUGGCAAAGUAUAACUCUACCAGUCAACAUGUCUUAUACUGAAGCCUUUAUUGUACCAAUUGAACAUUCUCUAUCUUUUAGACUUUAAAUAUGCUAUGACAAAACCCCAAAAUGAUUCUAAGGCAUUAUAUAUUGGGUUAUA